AGAGAGCACCACGCACCCAGACGGACUCACCAAGGAACCUGAGCUUGCUUAGGAGGGAUGGCCAUGGUUCCCAAGAGCAACAUGGGACCUACCAAGGCGGUUCCCACCCCAUUCGGCUGCAUUGGCUGUAAGCUGCUAAAGCCUGACUACUCACCAGCGCUUAUCACCUUCAUGUUCUGUGCAAUGGUUAUCACUGUUGUCUUAGACCUGAUCGGCAACUCUAUGGUCCUUUUGGCUGUGUCCAAGAACAAGAAGCUCCGAAAUUCUGGCAACAUCUUUGUGGCCAGCCUCUCCAUGGCAGACAUGCUGGUGGCUAUCUACCCCUACCCUAUGAUGCUAUAUGCCAUGUCAGUUGGGGGCUGGGAUCUGAGUCAGCUCCAGUGCCAGAUAGUCGGGUUGGUCUCAGGACUGAGUGUGGUCGGUUCCAUCUUCAACAUUACAGCCAUUGCCAUCAAUCGUUACUGCUACAUCUGCCACAGCCUCCAAUAUAAGCAGAUCUUCAGCCUGCGCAACACUUACAUCUACCUGGUCAUUACCUGGGUCAUGACUGUCCUGGCUGUCCUGCCUAACAUGUACAUUGGCACCAUUGAAUAUGAUCCUCGCACCUACUCCUGUAUCUUCAACUAUGCGAACAAUCCUGUUGUUACUGUGACCAUUGUCUGCAUCCACUUCAUCCUCCCUCUCAUCAUAGUUGGUUAUUGCUACACCAAAAUCUGGAUCAAAGUGCUGGCAGCCCGUGACCCAGCUGGACAGAAUCCUGAUAACCAGUUUGCUGAGGUUCGAAAUUUUCUAACCAUGUUUGUGAUCUUCCUCCUUUUUGCAGUGUGCUGGUGCCCUAUCAAUGUGCUCACUGUUUUGGUGGCUGUCAGUCCAAAAGAUAUGGCAGGCAAGAUCCCCAACUGGCUUUAUCUUGCAGCCUACUGCAUAGCCUACUUCAACAGCUGCCUCAAUGCUGUCAUCUAUGGUAUCCUCAAUGAGAGUUUCCGACGAGAAUACUGGACCAUCUUUCAUGCUUUGCGGCACCCUAUCCUGUUCAUCUCUCACCUUAUCACUGACAUUUGGGAGACUCGGGAGACCCAACCUCUCACUGGUGCCUGUGUCCGUGACCAAGCCCGAGAACAAGAGCGUGCCCAUGCCUGUCUCGCUGUGGAAGGAACCCCACGGAAUGUCCAGAAUGUUCUAUUGCCUGGUGAUGCGGCAGCAGCCCACUCUGAUCAUGUCUCUGUCCAUUCCAAGCCCCAAACCAGGUGUACUGCCUACCGCAAACCUGCCUCUAUCCAUCACAAGUCUCUUUCUGGCCACCCCAAGUCUGCCUCUGUCUACCCUAAGCCAGCCUCCUCUGUCCAUUUCAAGCCUGCCUCAGUCCAUCUCAAACCCACCUCUGUCCAUUUCAAAGGGGACUCUGUCUAUUUCAAGGGAGACUCUGUCCAUUUCAGAGCUGCUUCCAAGCUUGUUACUAGUCACCAUAUCUCUGCUGGCUCUUCCCCCAGCCAUCCUACAUCCAUCUCUGGCUACAUUAAACCUGCUACCAGCCACCCUGCAACCAGCACUGUUGACUCUCUUGAACCUGCCACCACCAGCCAUUCUGUGCUCACUGCUGUUAAUCUCCCUGAGAUCUCAGCCUCCCAUUGCCUUGAGAUGACCACCACUGGCCACCUCAAACCUGGCAUUACUGCCUCCAGCCUUCCUGUUGUAUUCGCUGAGCUUGCUGCUACCUCUGCCACCCCUCCUGACCCCACAGUAAUCCCCAUUGCCACUGAUCAUUACCAAAAGGUUGUGCUUAUUGAUGAUGAUUCUGAUGAUUCCAAUUGUUCUGAUGAGAUGGCUGUGUGAAAAGUGUUCUUUACAGUUUGCCCUGCUUAUGCAGUCCAGUGUGAGAUAUCUCUGUUGCAUAGACACACUGACUGGCACACACAGACAUGGACCCCCAAAGACAGUGGAAGUUCCAUCCACCUUUCAAGCAUACUCCUCUUUGGCACCUUGUACACUUGAAAAUGUGUGUAUAUUCUUGCUAUCUUUGAGAUCAAAUUUCCAAGUGUGACAUCUGCGAUUCUGAAGUCCUAAGCCUUGCUGUUCUUAUAAGGUUGAUUUUCAUCCCUCAGUGAUCUCUGAACUGUGUUGCUUUGAUCCUCUUCACUGACUCUUUCAAGCUCUCCCUCCCAACUCCUGAUUUCCUCUGCCUUUUGCUUUCUUCUCCCAUUCCCAGGAGUGGGGGAGGAAUGCAUGUGCACUAGUCAAGGCUAUCUUGGUGGUCAGCUCUGUAAUGUGACUGUGACAUCACAGCUUUAUGUUCUAAGUGUAUAACUCUGUGUUGUACCUUUAAUGGCAGUCAGAAAAGGACUUAGGAUGAAGUGCAAACACUUGACAAAACAUUACCCUAUCUGAAGAACAUAAUUAGAUAAGUUCUUAUUAAAGUACAUUUUAAUGACUGUCAGAUCAAGUAGCAAAAGGAGUGAUAUGUCAAACUAAGUUGAUUCUAUUUUGUGUAAAUUUAAACUUUGGUGCUGAUUUUUAUAGAUUUGGUUGGAAAUGAUGAGAUGUUUUACCCCAUUUUUGGUCAUUUGGGGUUUUCAAGCAUUGGCCAGUACAUUCUUUUAUUUCUACAGAUCCGUGUGCAAGUAAUUUCUUAUGGUUUGGAACCCUGAGUGGCAAUUAUUAUGUUUGUAAUAUUAUAAUUCAUAAUCACUCUUUUAAACACCUCGAUGUUUUGACACCAUCAGUUUUUAAUAUCUUUCUUUUUCAUUUAAAGGGGAUUUGAAGUAAUAACUGAUAGCUAGAAGCAAAUGGAUUGUUAAAAAGCCUUGUGUUUGUGGCCCUCCUGUCUUGGGAAGAAGAGCUGCCAGCACCAGUAACUCUGUGAAGCAGUUAGUCUCAUUACAGUCCUGAAAGGGAUUUUCCUUUAGGAUUCAAGAAUAAACCGCCAUUUAAAUGAAAUUGAAGUUGCUGAUUCAAAUUAACACUUUAAUCAAAGUUUACUGUACACAAGCUUGUAAGGAGAAAAUGAAAUA